AAGCACUAGCAGAAUUAUGGGAUGUAGAAGAUAGCGAAUUACUCAAUUUUUUGGCCAUUGAAGAGAAAUUAACCAUAGUGGAUAGAACUUUGCAACUACUGCUAGAAAAUUACGACUUAAGUUUUGGAGGAACAUAUUUAGACGUAAAAAAUAAAAAAGUAUUUGUCAAUACGGUAGACUUUUCAGUAAUGAAUAGUAUUACAGACUCGCCUGAGAUAAAAAAAGGGGAUUACAUAAAUUUUAUAAAAUUUAUACCAGCAAAUAAUUCAAUGGCUACAUUAACAUUUCGCUUUAAUAACAUAUUUGAUUUAAUAAAAAAAUAUAAACCAACUAGCAUUCAACUUUACAUUGAUAUGGAGCUUAAUAAUGUAGUAAUACGCCAUCUGGAGGAAAAUAUUAAAAAGAAUGAGGUGUUUAUAAAACUCGCUAGUCAAUAUGAACCAACUUUUGUUCACCCCA